GAGUUAUAACCAACUUUCACGCCGAGUAGAGAGAGAUGUGUUCGGACCAGUUGACCCUCUGUGAGGGUUGAAGUGCUCUUUUUUUUCUUUCUUUUUUAUUCUCUUUUGAUAGCGUUCAUAGCGUCAAAAAUGAUACGCUUCCUGCUCCUCUUCAGUCGCCAGGGGAAGCUGCGUCUGCAGAAGUGGUUCACGGCCAUUUCAGAACGAGAGAAAAAGAAAAUCAUCAGGGACAUGACCACAAUGGUGUUGGCACGGCAACCACGAACCUGUAACUUCCUGCACUGGAAAGACCUGAAGAUUAUUUACAAGAGGUAUGCAAGCUUGUAUUUCUGCUUGGCAAUAGAGAACCAGGAGAACGAGCUGAUUGCCCUGGAGGUUAUUCAUCGCUACGUGGAGCUGCUGGACAAAUACUUUGGCAAUGUGUGUGAGCUGGACAUAAUCUUUAACUUUGAGAAGGCCUAUUUUAUCCUGGAUGAGUUUCUUAUUGGAGGGGAAAUACAAGAAACCUCCAAACAAAUCGUGAAUCGCGCCAUUGAAGCCUCAGACAUGUUACAAGAGGGUGACAGCAGUGAGUGGUUUGAGGUGGAGCUGUUUGGAUGACCUUGAAUAUGGACAGAAAGACCAUGGAGGAGUAUAUGAGCAAACCUGCAUUUUAACCACUGGAACAAAGAAGACAACAAGGAACAGCAGCGAGGAAUACAGGAACCCAAUGUGCUGUAAUAAGAGUCAAAGAAGUUUCUGGAUAUGGAAUUAAUAGUCUUUGAUUCAAAGGAUAAAACAAGCUUAUUGAAUGUUGUCUUCCUUUCGCCCUGAAGCUUUGCUGCAGUGUAACUGCAUUUGAGAGUAAGUCUAAUAUUUGUCCAGUCGUUCACUCAUUGAAGGAAGGGGGAGGGUUCUACUCACAUUGAUUGUCGUUAUUGCAAUGUAAAGGAAGUAGAAAUAGGAUCUGGGGUGUAUUUUAGGUUAAUAACUUUGUUACGUUUUUUUCAUGUAUUACUAUGUUGGAAUUUAU